AUGAAAAUCUCAUUAAAAGCGUUUAGAAAGCUCACGGCGCUUACUUUAUUGGAAAAGAAUUUAACUCAUUUAAUUACGUUGAAUAGGAAAAAGCUGUCGUUGUUUUGUUAUUGUGGGAUGACAUCUGUUGAGCUUCUCAAUUUCAUGAAAGUUUUGACGUCUCAUCAUCAUCCAAGAAUAAUUUAA